AUGGCUGAAGGAGGCUGUGCGAAGACCGGAGACGAGGACACGCAGAACUCCGAGGAGGACUCGGCCUCGUUCAGUGGCAGCGGCGUGUGCAAGUGGUUCAACGUGCGCAUGGGCUUCGGCUUCCUCUCCAUGACGAGCAGAGACGGCGCUCCGCUCGAGCGGCCCAUCGACGUCUUCGUGCAUCAGAGCAAGCUCCACAUGGACGGCUUCCGCAGCCUGAAAGAGGGCGAGCCGGUGGAGUUCACCUUUAAGAAGUCGUCGAAAGGUCUGGAGUCUCUGCGGGUAACGGGUCCUGGAGGGGCGCCAUGUGCAGGUAGCGAGAAGAGACCCAAAGGUGCCCAGAAACGGCGUUCUAAAGGAGAUCGGUGUUAUAACUGCGGCGGCCCGGACCAUCAUGCCAAAGAGUGCCAGCUUCCCCCCCAGCCCAAGAAGUGCCAUUUUUGCCAAAGCAUGUCUCACAUGGUAGCCAACUGUCCAAUCAAAGCACAGCAGGCAUCGCCAGGAUCUCAGGGAACCCCCGGCUCGCCGGCGGGAGAAGAAAUCCUGAGCCAUACGGCCUCACCACCCGAUCCCUCCCACUGAACGCAGGGCGGUGACGCGGUAUCCCAGUCAGGGAGAAAUAACGCAAGCACCAAUCAUGCUGCUCACGGACUUAUCUCAGGUUUUGACUCUUUUCAACAGCGUUAAUGAAUGUCGACUCUCACUAGCAUGACACUGUAGUUAAAAAAAAAAAGAAAUCAGUCAUUUAUAGUAGUGAGAUAUUUGUCUUUGAAAUAAUUCAGACUGUGAAAC